CUCGACACAUAAAUUACUGCAGCAUAAAUACUGGAGGCUGAGACAGGAAGGGUCGGGAGACACCGUGGCCCCAUCCGAUGAUACCCCCGGACAGGACCAAACAGGCAGGAUAUAACCCCACCCACUUUGUGAAAGCACAGCCCCCACACCACUAGAGGGAUAUCUUCAACCACCAACUUACCAUCCUGAUACAAGGCCGAGUAUAGCCCACAAAGAUCUCCGCCACGGCACAACCCAAGGGGGGGCGCCAACCCAGACAGGAAGAUCACAUCAGUGACUCAACCCACUCAAGUGACGCACCCCUCCUAGGGAUGGCAUGGAAGAGCACCAGUAAGCCAGUGACUCAGCCCCUGUAAUAGGGUUAGAGGCAGAGAAUCCAAGUGGAGAGAGGGGAACCGGCCAGGCUGAGACAGCAAGGGCAGUUCGUUGCUCCAAUGGCUUUCCUUUCACCUUCAUACUUCAAGCCUGUCCUAUGGCAUGCUCCUCUUGCCAGCUCAGCACUUGACAUUUGUGUUGCGAUUAUGUAAUAUUUCAUGUGGUCACUCCAAGGGGGCAUCCGUGUGCCUGUUCCAUGCCAGUUACAGGAAGUGCACGCAUGCACGCCAAUAUGCAGACAGAAAAUUCACUUGUUUUUCACAAAAUGAAUUAGAACGUUGUGGAUACAUUUUAGAAUGACACAAUUUCCUGUAUACAGCUGUUUAAAGACCUGCAUCACAAUACUGAGAGCUUUGCCGUUUGUAAAAGGAUGUAUUUGGGUGUUUUUUGGAGUCUUAUUUUCAUGAAUGAGGCUCAGGAAGUCAGUCGGUGCUGGGUAGACUGGCCUUCGUUGGAUCCCACCAUGUUGGAAGAGUUUCAGGAAGAAGUACCAAGCUGGACUGAAUCACCCUCGGCCUUAUUAGUUUCACACACUGAUGCCUCUGAGCACCUAGAUGACACUACAACUACAGCUCUCCUUUCACCUGGUCCCCUACCACUUGAAUCACCUUCUAGGUCGAGUGACCCCCUCCCCAUUGGUCGAGACCCUCUGUCCACUCCACCUUUUAGCUUUUCGGAGCCUGCGAUUGGCCUUCAGAAACACCCUGAAGGCCCAGCCGAACUCUCAAGGGACAUGAAGCUCUCUGGGCCUAUCUCAACCAUGGCAGCUACCUCUUCAACCCUUGUUACAGUACCACACCAGAAGCUUCUCGGACCACAGUCCAACAUAUCCACAACACCCUUGAACUUCUCUACAGCCACCAGUGGGACGACGUCUCCACAGUUUAUUGUCCCAAACUCUAAUGAAAGACGUUCAGAUGAAUCUCCAUUAUUACCCCCCAGCAACCAGCAAGACCCAUCAAAACAGAGAACUCCUGCACUUAUGACAUCACUUCCUGUUGGACCCCUCAACCUGCCUAGACUGCCUAUUGACAAUCUGGUAGAUGUAGCAGCCCUAUCAGACCAAGCCAGCCAAGAGUCUAGACCUAAUCCAGAUGUGUCCCAGAGUUUAGGCGGUCUCUCGCUAGAUCCCAAACUGCCUCUUGAGCCCUCCAGUAUAUUAAUCGAUCUGGAUCACCUGCACCCCAACAGUGAGCUCAUGCAGAAGGAUGAUGCUGCCCAAGGUAUUUACAUGCUUCUGAAGCCAUCGCCUGAAAUGCAGCUGGCUCCCAGCUAUGUGCCUUUCCUGAGCCCACAGACCACGUCCUCCUCAGCCGAGCCCACCAUGGUCCCUACUGAGGACUUCUUCCCCACCAACACCAUGGAGGUGGACUGGGGCUCCGGAGACCACCCGGAGACCAUGUCCUAUAUGGGCUCGGAGGGCGAUUACUUCUCCCUGGUCACCAACCUGCCCACAGACAUGUAUGACCUGGAGGACUCCAAUGCGGAACGCUACGACACCUCCUUCCCCUCCAGGGUCGGCUUGUCCUUCUCCUCGAUGCGUCACGUGACGUCUUCACUUAGUCUCAUUACAACUGAUCUCAGCUCUGGUGUUAGUGUGGCCCCGACAUCUGUUCCUCCCUCUAUCCAUCCAUCUCCCAGUCACUCAAUGCUAGCCUCAACACCAACACCUCAAGGUAGUCUACCAGAAGGUUCAGGCGUAGACUGGAUAGAUACCUUCACUGUUGAAUCAACAGACCUUCUCCUACCAGACAUGAACAGCCUGGAGUACUACACCAUCCAGCUGACCAAGGAUGACUCCGAAGAACACAGAGGCACCAAUGUGACCACCACCUCCAGACAUUUCUCCCUGAUGUCCAUCAGCACCACCCACAUCAUGGCCACCAGCACGUUCACUGCGGACCCCCGCCACAUGCUCACAGCCUCCUAUGGAGUGGAGGUCCAGCCUUCUGACAACACUACUUGGAUAAAAGAGUCCUCUGAUAUAUCUGGCUCAGAGCCUCUCAAUACGACCACAGCAGACGCCACAGAGAUGACUUCUCUGAAUUUCUCAGUGCCGUUCCUGGAGCCUUCAGUAGCGCCAACCCCCUCCAUGGACCUCUCAUCAUCCCUGUGGGGUGUCACUGGUCAGGUGUCCUCCGGGGAAUGGAUUAGCCCUGUGGCCACCUCCAGUGUCGGACUGGACAGCAGCUCUGUAUUAGUGUCUGUGCAGCAUAGUGCUAUGGCCACUGAGACAGACAUUCAGUGGUAUGUGUCUCCCACCACCACAGAGACAGCCCUCCUCAGCACCUCUCUCGUCACUCCUGUGUUGACCACCUCUGUCGCCUUCACCCCAGUGCCUGGUCAGACAGAAUUACCCCCCGAUGUCACCUCAGACCCCAUAGAGCGAGCCACAAAUGCCACCACCUUUCCCCCGGUGUCAGUCAUGGCUGACCAAGGUAUUGAUACGGAUAGUCCUGUCACAGCGGUGACAAAUGUCAGCCAGAGUACACUUAGCACCGUAGACACCCCCUCCACAACUGAUCCUACCACCACCAUCACCACUAAGGCCUCUACAACCACUGCUCUGGCCACCACCACUACCACCACCCCCUUAAACAUAACAACCACAAAAAGCCCACCUACAACCAUUGGCCGCCAGUACCUCUGUAAUGUCACCAAGCCUGUGUACUUUGUUAAAGUCGGUUUCCCCCCUGGGGCCACUGUUGGAUAUGCCAAAUCCCAAAUCCGAGACGUCCUGAAGACUGAAUUCAAUAAGUCAAUUGAACUGCAGGUUGCUAAGAGCCCUCCAGACUUUGUGUUCCGGGCAGUGUCAGGUCCCGUGGUGUUCACAGCCAUAUCUGUCAUCAACGCCCUGCGCCAGUCAGGCCGACGCUUCCAGCCCAUCUCACACUACUGGAAGGUACCAGACCACCAGUACCAAGUCCACUCAGUGCUGCAGUUUGUGCCCAGCCACGUCGACGUGCGAGUCUGCAACUUCAGCGAGCGCAUUGAGAAAGGCCUUACCAUGGCGUACGCCGAAGUGCGCCGACGCGCACAGGAGUCCACCAACUUCACUGUGCACAUUGUGAACAUCACCAUGAAUAAGCCCAGGAGUCAGCAGAGGGAGCCAGUGGACGUGACCUUCGCGGUGCGCGAUGCCGUCGGCUACCUGAAGGGGUCAGAGGUCAGCAACCACCUGAGGCUGCUCAACAUGGUGGAGUUCAGCUACUACCUGGGCUUUCCCGUGCUGCAGAUCGCCGAGCCUUUUCACUACCCAGAGUUGAACACCACCCAGUUGCUUCGCUCGUCUUGGGUUAGAACAGUGAUGCUAGGUGUCCUGGACCAGGGGGUGGACGGGCGGACCUUCCAGGCCAAGAUGGAGCGUCGUGUGGCCCUGCUGCUGGGAGAGGUUCUGAAGGCGGCCAGGCGUACCAAGAGGGCCACCAGCGUGGCCAACCACAGUGUUCAGAUUGUGAGUACGACCAGGCUGGUGGGAGCGGACCACCCUCUGGAUAUGGUGUACUUUGUGGACCAGCUAGGACAGCGGUUGCCUGCCAUCACCACAGCCAACAUGCUGAACAGACUGGAUGUGCAAAGGGCAGCCAUUGUGCUGGGCUACAGAGUACAGGGCAUCCUGGCUACACCUGUGGAGAAGGUGGCAGGGUACCCUCCCCCAGACACGGAGAACACCAGCAUGUGGAUCAUCAUAGGUGUGGUGGUGCCGCUAGGCGUGGUCAUCGUCAUCAUCUCCAUCCUCUACUGGAAGUUGUGUCGCACCGACAAGUUGGAGUUCCAGCCCGACGCCAUGACCACUGUCCAGCAAAGACAGAAGCUCCAGGCUCCCAGUGUGAAGGGCUUUGACUUUGCCAAGCUGCACCUGGGCCAGCACAGUAAGGAUGACAUCAUGGUAAUCCAGGAGCCUGGUGCCCCUGGGCCCCCACCACCCAACUACAACACCAAGGAGACUGCCGCCACCUCCAAGAACGAUGAGGUCCCCACCCCCAGGUCGAAAGGGACCUCCGUCUCCUCCACCAAGGCGUCCCGCAGCACACGCAGACGAGGAAGGGACAGGAUCUCUCCCUCGGACAGGGACUCCAUGGUGAGCGCUGGGUCCGGUGAUCGUGAGAAGGAGUUAGCCGAGGAGAACCUGAGAGCCUUCGCCAUGCCCAACGACAGCAAGCAGGCCCGCAAGAUCCCAAUCAAUGUUUUAAAUGGAAAGAAUAGAAUUGGUCCUCCUCCCAUGAACGGCCAUGACGAGCAUCUCUCCUCUGCCUCAAUCUUUGAGCAUGUGGACCGCAUGUCGCGCUCGGCCGACGGCACCCGUCGCCUGUCCAAUAAGAUUCAGCUGAUCGCCAUGCAGCCCAUGGCUGUCCCGCCCCAGCACCACAGCCCCACUGUCAACGGUAUUAACGGCAGAGGGCCAGAGACACACAGCAGCUUUAACAAGGAGAUCCAGGUGGCGUUGAGGCAUAAGUCUGAGAUCGAGCACCACCGUAACAAGAUCCGUCUGCGGGCCAAGAGGAAGGGUCACUAUGACUUCCCUGCCAUGGACGACAUGGUAGACAAUGGUCUGACCACUGACCCCAAGGACCAGGACCACAUCUACCACAAGGCCCAGAUGCAGAUCGACAAGAUCCUGGACCCUGACAUCCACAUGCCCUCACUGUUCAUGGAGCCUAAAAAGAGUGGCAGGGGGAGGCGUUCUCCCAAGCAGAAGAAGAAGCACCAAAUGAACGGCAGCCUGACUAACGCAGACAAGGACCGCCUCAUCUCCAACGACAGUGAGGGCACCUACAGGAAAUACCCUGGGGUCAACAACGUGGCCUAUGUGUCGGACCCUGACCAGGCCCCAGAGUCUGGGACCCCCUCCCCCAACGACGACGUGUUCCUGGGCCACAUCUCGCCCCCUCCGGGGCACGCCCCUCCCCCGCCCCCCUACAUGCCCCCCCAGCCCUCCAUCGAGGAGGCCAGGCAGCAGAUGCACUCCCUGCUGGACGAUGCCUUCGCCCUGGUCUCCCCCACCUCCCAGGGCAGCACGGCCGGCAUCACCCUGCCCGGGGUCAACUCCAACCCCCCCAGCUCCAGCCCCCCACCUCGUGGUGGAGCCCGCCCCUGGGGUACUACCUACCCAGCCCUCAGCCCUUUCUCCUCAAGAUACGUUGAGUUAGGAAUGUCCCCUCCUUCACUCCAAGGCUUACAACAGAGACAGGGCCUGGGCUUCAGCUACCCACCAGGUGACCCAGGACAUGUUGACCAGCUCCCCCCAGAGAGCCACUACUCCACCAGGGGCCUGUACACUGAAGACAUGCCCUCGUCUACCAGGCCACGGCCAGUAGGGGGCACCACAGGUAACCAGCUCAAUCACCUGAACCAGGUGGAUCUUGGGAGCCGGAUCAAGGGGGAGUACCCAUUGGGGGGUAGGGCACCUCCAGGUCAGACUGGAGGCUCAGGUUGGGCACCCUACACUGACGGUGACUUCAGACCCACCAGAGACCCUGUUCUUCUGGGCUACCCUGACUCCUCCUCUAUGUUCCAGAUUCCUAGUAGGAGUGCCCUAAGGGAGCCCUCUGCCCACCUGGACAUCUACCCCCCCGAGGAGUCCUCUCCCCCCAACCACUCCUCAGCCUCCCUCAUCAAGGCCAUCAGGGAGGAGCUGCUGCGCCUCUCCCAGAAACAGCAAGCCGUGCCCAGUUACCACAGCUGAGACAGACGGCCUCCUCUGGUCCUCACUGAACCUCUACUGCUACAUCCACCAGUCAUACCGCUGCCCCUGCCUGCCUGCUCCAACCUAGCAAUGCUUCCCAUGGAAGUUCCUUUGUACAGGAGAGAGACAGUACUGCUGGGCUGCGUCAAGGUGGCUAUUGGCAAACUAGACCAAACUGAAUGAGAUGACAUCAUAUAUGCCACUAGUAGCCUAAGCAUAGAUGGGGUCAUUAUAUGAAUGACCUGUUCUCUAAGCUCUGGCUCUCUGACCCAGACUCCUGUCUCUGACCCAGACUCCUGUCUCUGACCCAGACUCCUGUCUCUGACCCAGACUCCUGUCUCUGACCCAGACUCCUGUCUCUGACCCAGACUCCUGUCUCUGACCCAGACUCCUGUCUCUGACCCAGACUCCUGUCUCUGACCCAGACUCCUGUCUCUGACCCAAACUCCUGUCUCUGACCCAGACUCCUGUCUCUGACCCAGACUCCUGUCUCUCUGACCCAGACUCCUGUCUCUGACCCAGACUCCUGUCUCUGACCCAGACUGUCCUAUAGCAUACAGUGUACUACAGUAUAAGUGACCCUAGAGGUUUAAGGGAGAAGGUGUGAACUGAAUGGUUGGCCAUGACCACUGAUCCCUGCCCAGUUGUUUUUAAUUUGAGGUGUUGUUGCUUUUGUUCUUUUUAAACCGCAGUCUAGACUGUGUGUGUGUGAUGAUGAUGAUAAUAAGCAAUGUACUUUGAUAUUCUCUCUCAUGCUGCCUUGACAUCCUAACAAUAUUUUACAGUACAGUGGUCUUUCUCUAUCUGUAGAACAUCUUUCAUUUAGGCUCCAAACAUUGAUACCAUGUUACCUUUAACGGGUGAUGCUUCUUACCAUUACUAUACAGGUUUUGUAUACAGGUGCUUCUUUAAACGCUUUGUGUUUUCUGCCAUGAUAUUGAGGGGUGAUAUGCACACUCCGUGAAACCAGUAUUCCCAGGUGCAGGAUGAAGUUGUUCUACAUUGUUUUAUGCCAUGAGCCACACAAUGCCUUGUGUUGUGACAGAGUGAGUCAGUUCAACUGUCUCAAUCUACUAUACAGCUAAAGUCAGAGUUCGGGAGGACAACACUAGACACAAAGAGCUGCAAUAAUUAUACUGCAGCUACUCCCAUACAUUAUUAUUUAUUUAACCAGGAAGGGCUCAUUGAGAUUUGAAAUCUCUUUUUCAAGAGCGUCCUGGCAAAGAUGAGCAGCACCAAGUCAUUACACCAUAACAGACAAACUACAAGUAAUCUAGUAAAAACCACAGGGAUAUAAUGAAAUCAUAAAACAACAAAGGCAUUCCAAGGCGAUGGCGCAGAGUACAUAAAAGCCCUUUUACCAAAUUCAGUUUGGACAUACGGAACAGUUAGCAGGAUAAAGUCCUGCGAACGAAGAGAGUACCCACCACAUUUCUGAAAAAUAAAAAUGCCCAAAUAAAAUGGUAAUAAACAUUACUUUACCAAUGCAACUACAUUGACUUUGUUGUCAACAUCUUCAGCACAAUGUCCACAUUUGACCUUAUAUACCCAGGUUGUUGAGGAUGCUACCUUGUUAAGACCUUAAAUGCCAACAUAUGGUGAACUGAUAAGACAACAUUAUUUCUAUAGAUAUUACACUAAGAUCAUUUAUUGUGUAUAAUAAUUAACUUGUGGCAUUUUAUAACGUUUUCUGACCUGCAAACAAAUCUAAAUGAUUGACAGUACCUUUACAUGCAGAUUGCAGUGGCUAUUCAAUUGUAUGAAUCUAACAGAUCCGGCAAUCUGAUCUAUUUAAUUCACUGUAUGCAAACUACUGGGUUGCACUUGGCUUUUCUCAGUGAAUAUCCUUCAGGCCACACCAACUGAAAUGUAAUUGAAAGAUUCAUAGGUCAAGUCAAUUAUGCAUUGUAUUGCUGAAGGAAAUGCAGUAUUUUCUCAGCUGAGAAACAGGGUCAGUGCUCACACGUGUUCAAUCUCCAGGGUAUUCUUCAUCUAUUUCCUCCUUUUUUCAUGCACUAUAGACAUGUUCAGCUACGUGUACUGUGUUUUAAUUGUUGACAGUUUACUGCUCAGUCAAUCUGUCAACUUGAGAUGUUUUGUGCAUUUUAUGUUCUUUUUAUUCUUGAAUGGACUUGCCUCCGUGUUUUAUUUGCUCCAUAUGUCUUUGUUCAAUAUUUUUUUAAACAUUUUGUUCAGUAACGUUUUCAACAAACUCCACACAUAUUGCUUUGCUGUGGGCAUUGAAGUGAUGUUUCAUUUCAAUAAAAUAAAAGAUAAAUUAUUGAUUUUA